UUGAAUUUUUUUUAAGAAGAAGAAGACCAGUCAACCCAGAAUCUUCCACUUCACAUUCACUAAAAACGCGUUUGAGUAGCCAUCAAACCUAAUAUUAUUACAGUCAAAAGCUCACACUUUUUGGACAAUUAAUUUCAUCCUUCAAAAGUCUAACCUGCCCCACCCAUAAAAUAACCCAAUCAAACAAACAUCCCAAGAAAAAAAAAGGGCAAAAAAAAAAAACACCCAGAAGUAAAGCUGUGCUACUUGAAAAGUUGCAAUUUGCAACCCAUAAAAAUUGGAACUUUGUAAAUCAAACAGAACUUUUUGUUAUUGUUGUUGUUGCAACUUGCAACUCGAGAAUAUCUGCUUAAAUUUUGUGAAUUUAUUUCUCUGUAAUGGCAGAAUCAUCAACAAAAUCUGAUGCUUUAUUGACCACAUUAAGCAAUGCAAUUCAAGCAGUUGGUAGGGGAUUUGAUGUUACAUCUGAUAUAAGGUUGUUAUACUGCAAAGGAGCACCUGGGUCUCGUUUAAUUCAUAUAGAUGAAGAUCAUAUUAGAGAUAUUGUUAUCUCGAAUGAUGUUGUUCUUCCUAAUGUUUCUGUUGAUAUUGAAUGUUCUCAUGGGAACAAGUCUUGGGAAGCUACAUCUGUUUGGAACUUUCAUCAGAUGUCGGAACAUUUCAAUAAGAAGUCAGGGUUAUCUGGAAGCAUCCCCCUGGGAAGCUUUAAUGCGAUGUUCAAUUUUAGUGGAAGUUGGCAAGCUGAUGCAGCAGCUACUAAAUCCCUUGCAAUGCUGGGUUAUUUCAUACCCUUAUAUAGACUUCAAUUAAAAUCGCAACUAGCUUUAAAGAAUGAAAUUAAAGCUGCUGUUCCGUACUCCUGGGAUCCUCCAGCUCUAGCAAGUUUUAUUGAAAAUUUCGGUACGCAUGUUGUUAAAUCAACAACCAUUGGUGGGCGGGAUGUAGUUUAUGUUCGGCAGGACCAGUCAUCACUUUUAUCAGAAUCAGACAUUGAGAAUUAUAUGAAAGACAUUGGGGAUCAGAGGUUUACAGACUUGAGAGGCCAACCUAAUGCUUCCCCUCUGAAAUACAAGGACAAGGAUGUUACUGUUAUUUUUAGGAGGAGAGGAGGAGAUGAUCUUGAACAGAGUUCCAUCAAGUGGGCGGAGAGUGUAAACUUAGCACCAGAUGUAAUCGAAAUGACAUUUGAACCUAUUGUAUCUCUUCUUGAAGGAAUACCUGGUCUAAAGCAUUUAGCCCAUGCUAUUGAGCUGUAUUUGGAGUACAAGCCACCUCUUGAAGAUCUACAGUACUUUUUAGAAUUUCAAAUACCUCGAGUUUGGGCACCUGAACACAGCAAUCUACAACGAAAAGAGCCGGUUUGUCAAUCUCUUCAAUUCAGCUUGAUGGGUCCCAAGCUUUAUGUCAGCCCUGAGCAGGUGACAGUUGGGCGUAAACCAGUAACUGGUCUCAGGCUUAGCCUGGAAGGUGCCAAGCAAAAUCGACUAGCCAUCCAUCUCCAGCACCUAGUUUCACUUCCGAAGAUCCUCCAACCACACUGGGACUCCCAUAUGGCUAUUGGUGCACAAAAAUGGCAAGGUCCAGAGGAGCAAGAUAGCCGUUGGUUUGAACCUAUUAAAUGGAAGCACUUCUCUCAUGUAAGCACUGCUCCAAUAGAAUAUAGAGAAACCUGCAUAGUUGAUCUUUCUGGUGUACAUAUUGUAACUGGAGCACAGCUCGGAGUUUGGGAUUUUGGUGCGAAAAGUGUUUUAUAUCUCAAACUCCUGUUUUCCAAGGUACCGGGUUGCACCAUUAGGCGAUCUGUAUGGGAUCAUAAUCCUUCAAACUUUACUGCUUUGCAUAGAGCAGAUGGGACUUUGUCUACUGAACAAACUCUAGAUGACAAGAGAUUAGACAGCACUGGUGCUGCGGCAAAGCUUGCAAAACUAGUUGACUCAACAGAGAUGUUAAAAGGGCCACAAGAUUCUCCAGGUCACUGGUUAGUAACUGGUGCAAAGCUCGGCGUAGACAAGGGGAAGAUUGUUUUGAGGGCAAAAUAUUCCCUUUUGAAUUAUUGAAACAGUUUAUUUGUUGUGUUGAUUGUUCAUUACUUAGUCAAACUGGAGCUCCAUCAUUUUUUGUAGUCAUGUAGUGAAUGUGAUUGAUUGUAUAUUCAUAAUAAGUGAUAUUGCCUUCACAAUUGUCAAGCUUUUUGUAGUUUA